GUCCACCCGCAGCAGAUCCUCUGCAGAGACUUCAAUGGGCGGAGGCGAUCAUGGCGAUACAGGUCUCUCCGAUGCCCCUCUUUGAUCAGACGCUGCGCAAGAUUGCAAGGACCAUUGAGCAGGAUGAAUUGGCUGAGCUCGCUGCACUUCCAGAACCACCUGAGAACAUGCAACAUGGAGCACUUGGCACCGGUGUUGAGCGCCUCUUCGCGGCCCUCGCCUGGGUGUUGGACCCCGAAUGCUACUGCGACAAACGCUGGUCGCAGUCGCGACUACUUCUGGAAGAUGCGGAAGGCACAUGGCUGCAGGAUGCUGAAGUCUUGAAUCUUGUCCGUGCUGUGCGUGUGAGACAUGUCGUAGGACGUGUAAGUGCAGAAUUAAGCUCGAAGUGGUCAGCAGACUAUGAGAAUGAGAAUGAGCUGCAGCAAGGCAUGCACAGCUGCAACCACUGA